UUUCGCAAAAAUGAGUUUCCCAUGUUUUUUCCUGUCCUGACUACAGCAGGGAGGGGCAGGAUGCUAACAGCUUCAACAAGGCUCAUAUACCUGCAAACAUUACUGCCUCUCUCUGGCAGUUAGGCUCAACCCGCGUUCGAGGGAUCCCUCAAUUGAGCGAUGAUACCCCGCAAAUGAGGGAUUUUGGCGUUUUUUCUGUUUGCGCGCCACAGAAGACAAGCCCGCGCCCCAAAACAAGUUUAUUUCGUCAUGUUCCUCAAAAUAUCAACUUUCUAUCCAGUGCGAAGUGGACGUUAACCAGUGCGAUCAGGCGGAAACGACUUCCCCCUUGGUUGAUAUUUUUAAAAAUCAUAGCCUCCUCGCAGUAUAUUUUCUUUCUUUUAGCCAAAAUGAAAGUGAAGGUGAUUGAGAGCACUAUCAAAGGUUAUCAUGUACAUCGAAUAUGACCACAUCAAGACAUAGAUAUGUUAGUGAAGCCAGUAGAGAACGAGUACGACAAGUAUGCUAUGGGUGUGUGGAUGCCUAACUCGAGUGCCAUUACCGUUUCGUUACACGAAUCGAUAACAAGACCAGCAAAGAGGGGUUCUUCUACACAAAAAGUUAAGGACAUAGCAGGCUUGCUCGUUGGACAGCUGCCUGCGAAUUUGGGGAAGGUGUUUCACGAUUUGCUUCCCUAUACGAAGAGCAUUACAUGCAAAUCAGUGGGUGAUCCCAUACCAAGCAAGAAGCCUCCACCGGAUCAGAAAUUUGAAAAGAGUGAAUGUGGUGGAUAUGAUCGACGUGGUGGAGGUGUCAUAAUACCCAGUAUCUACGUUUUAGAUGUUGUGGAGGGGAAAACUGACGUUGUCAGGGAGCUUCACAACUUUACCAAAAACUAUGAUGGGUGUACAGAGAGAGUUAUUGUAGAAAACACAAGUGAUUCUUGUCCAUUUUGAACUUAUUUAUCAUAUGUAUUUAUGUACAUUCAUGUUAUGUUCAUUUUGAAAAGAUGCAAAUUAUAUACAUUGAGUAUGUCAUGCUUUGAUGCAUGCUUAAUAAAUAUAUAAUGCUUAUAACAA